GAAUAUGUUUAUUCUCGUCCUGACGUCAUCACAGCCGGUGUAUCAAUCUUUCAUCCUCAAUUACGUGACCUUUUACAGCCUGGAUAUGAGAAAGGAAAGGUGAUGUUCGUUCAUGGGUCGGCUAUCGAAUGUGUCGAUUUCGAUUCAAUGAAAGGGCCGACGCAAUUCUGUUCCUUAGACUUUGAUGCCGUUUGCUUAACGACAGGAUCCGGCUUACUUGCUGCAGGAGGAGAGCACUCAGAAUUGGACAUCAGGCCUUUAUUACCGCCUCCUCAAGGUGAGGCAUCAUCAUCAUCGUCCCAUUUCCGCAAUCAGCGAUAUACACCACGAUGGCAUCUACGAACACCUACAGGGGGCAGUAUAAAUAACAGUAUAUGCAUUCAACCCGAGCCAAAACCAAAGCCAAGUACGAUACGUGGUGUAGUAUUCGAUGAAGAGAAAGGCUCAAAAGAAGCGGCUCCCUUGGAACAGAAAUUGGGGCAUCGAGAGAAGCGGAGAAAGGAAAAUCUGGGAAACAAGUCUAAUAGCUCUGCUUGGAAACGAGAUGAGCCAUGGGGAAGGCCAGGAGAGGAAGCUACGCCAGAUCAGGAGGGAGAAGGCUCAGAACAAGCAAUUGGGAUACCUGGAAAAGAAGGUGAACCUACUAUCAAUAAAGCAUCUCGAUCCAACACGAUCCGUCUGAUGAUAAGCAACAAUGACCGAAGCCUGAAAGCAUUCCGGCUAAGACCGCCUACACGAAAUCGGACACCGCAAAAUGAAUGUGUGCAAUCGGAACGCAUCGAGAGUGGCUUGCCAGGCUUGAGCAGAACGCAAAUCAUCGCAUUUCCUACUUGCAUAAAUCACUCCUCCUUCUCGCCCGAUGGAAGGCACGUCGUUUCAGUUGGAGACACACCAGAAGUAUUUCUGUUCAGCGUUCAUCCUAUCACGAGCGAAUUAAGCAAGAUUGCAACAUAUACCGCCUCUUCAGAUGCAUCCUUUAGUACAACAUGGUCGCCAGACGGUAUGCAGUUCGCUGUUGCAUCGCAAGAUGGCAUUGUAUCCGUUUGGGACGUACGUUCUUCCAAAAAGAUUGCAGCCCUGCAAACGACACAAUUUUCCGAUUUGUACGGUGCAGGAGCAGCACGAGUUGUCAAAUGGAGUCCAAGAGGUGAUGUCUUGGCUUUUAGUGAACAACAAAAUUAUAUACAUAUCGUCGAUACAAUCACUUUUGAGAUCGUACAGCGAAUUCGGUUGCCAACUUUGGCAAUGAAUGAACCGAGUUCAACAAGUACAGAGGAAGCCAUUCCUACAAACGAAGAAUGGCUGGAAACUACUUCUCCAGCUCGAUUCACCAGUGCCAAUCGAGCGACCGCGUCAAACGAAGGCUCAAACCUAUCUCGUCAAUGGCCCAGUGGAAGACGAUAUAGGGAUUUAGGCAAUCUUCAUUCAACACGUUCAGGCUUAGACCGAGCCCUUCUUGGGGAUUGGAUCAGUGCUCGUCGUAGUCCAUUGAAUGUAACAGAUCGUGGAUCAGGUGUUUGGUCAAUCGGACCAAAUGUUGGAGGUCGAUUGAGAAGGAGAGAUGAUUCAAAUGUGGAAAUCUCUGGCUUGACUUGGGAUCCUGAUGGUGAUCAUUUGUAUAUCUCCACUUCUGAGCUGAUUGCAAGGUAUACGGUGAUCGAUCUACGCAGAUCGUUCGGUCAGGCUUCUGUGCGCUAA